UCCAGUGCGCUAACCUGAGGUGGCUCCAGCCAUUCUGCUAUUCAGCGUCCCUUUGCAUUUCUCCAUUUACUUUUAGGGUUUGGAGUGUUUUGUUGCGGGCUCUGAGUGUGUUCUUCGAACCCUGGUCAGAAUAAUGGUGAGGGGCACCUGGACGUUAUUUCAUUUCACAGCUUCUCGGCAUUCCCCGUGUUACCUUCUGCCUCCUCAGGGCCUUUCUUAGCCCGGAGAGUGGGUUCCCAGCCUCAAAAUGAGCGUGGAGCAGGGGCGUCACAUUGAAGACUGCGAAGGGCAUUGUGGGGCUUUCUGUUAAAGCAGGAUCCCAACCGACGCGAGGCGUCCUCCUGGGGCCUCGGGCUGCCCCGCACGCAACGCUUUGCGAGCAUACUUGGAAAGGAUUGGAAUAUCGCGAUUUUGCGAUAUGGAAGCUACAAAGCGAUGCCGAUAGGAGCCUUUUCCAGAAAAACGUCUGUUUUUGUUUGGGAAGAGGAGACUUCUGAAACAGGACCAGGGAAAAUCUAAAGGGCAAGGCCGAUGUUUCUUAAUGCUAUGUCCAGGCCAAUGCUCAUUACGUUCACUCCAGCUACUAACCCCAGUGACCUCUGGAAGGAUGGGCAGCAACAGCCCCAGCCUGAGGAGCCAGAGCCUACCCUGGAUGGGGCUGCAGCCCGGGCUUUCUAUGAGGCCCUGAUUGCAGAUGAGAGCAUUGCCUCCAAACCCCAGAGAGCUCAACCUGAGGCUGCCCGGGAGGGAAAGAGGAAGAAAAGAAGAGCAAUGAGGGAAGCAACAGCACAAGCGGGAGUAUCAGGAAGACAUGGACAGAGAAGAUCCCAUGUGGAUGAGGACAAGAUGACCCAGUGGAUACUGAAGGCAGCCCAGGAGGGAAAUGUGGCAGAACUUCGAAGGCUGUUGGAGCCCCGUGAAGCAGGGGGAGCUGGAGGAAAUAUCAAUGCUCGGGAUGCUUUCUGGUGGACCCCCUUGAUGUGUGCUGCCCGAGCAGGCCAGGGGGCUGCUGUGCGCUAUCUCCUAGGCCGGGGGGCUGCCUGGGUUGGGGUCUGCGAGUUGGGUGGCAGGGAUGCUGCUCAGCUGGCUGAAGAAGCAGGCUUCCCUGAGGUGGCCCGCAUGGUCAGGGAGAGCCAUGGAGAGACUAGGCACCCAGAGAACCGGCUCCCCUCUCCCAACCCCCAGUAUUGCAAGACCUGUGACAUCUGCUUUGAAGACUCCAACCACUAUACAUCCACAGCUCACCUGCUGUCACUAGCCAGGGGUCCCCAGCUCCCCAACCAUCCCCUUGGGGUGCCCACAUCCAGCCCUGGCUUCAGGCUGCUGCUGAAGGGAGGGUGGGAGCCAGGAAUGGGGCUGGGGCCCCAGGGUGAAGGCCGUGCCAACCCUGUUCCCACUGUCCUCAAGAGGGACCAGGAAGGACUGGGCUACAGACCAGCACCGCAGCCUCGAGUCACACACUUCCCAGCUCGAGAUCUCCGGGCUGUGUCUGGGAAAGAGAGAGCCCUUCGGGUGGUCACACUGAGCCGGAGGGAGAACAGAAGACAGGAGGAAAAGGACAGCGCCUGGGAGCGGGAUCUCAGGACAUACAUGAACCUUGAAUUCUGACUUUGUGAAGUUUGACCCUGGUCUGUUACUGAGGUUUGAACUUUGACUUCUGAUGUGGACACUUUGAUUUCUACUUCCUGGAUUCUACCCAGCUGCCAAACCCUUAAGUUUUAGUCAGUAGGCUCUGCUCCUGGGAGAGAGAUACUGACAUAUGAGAAAUAAAUCAACCUUCUCCCUCCCUCA